CUCGCCCAAAAAUUUUGAUGGGCUUUGAGAUUUGUCAUAGAGCCGAAAGACAAGUAACCUUUGGGGUCCUUUGGCGGAGAGGGGAAGCGAGCUUUGUGGUAGGAAGGUAGCGGAGCAGAGGCCGUUCCCACCUCCAGGUAAGCAGAGUAGAAAUGGCCUAUGCAGCGAUGAAACCUACCAAGCCUGGGUUGGAGGAAACCCAGGAGCAAAUUCAUAAGAUUAGGAUCACUCUCUCUUCAAAGAACGUAAAGAAUCUUGAAAAAGUAUGCUUGGAUUUAGUCCGUGGUGCGAAGGACAAGCGGCUGAGGGUUAAGGGACCAGUGAGGAUGCCCACUAAGGUUCUUCACAUCAUCACCAGAAAGUCUCCUUGCGGUGAAGGGACCAACACAUGGGAUCGCUUUGAACUUCGUGUUCACAAGCGAGUGAUUGACCUGUUCAGUUCUCCAGAUGUUGUCAAGCAGAUCACUUCUAUUACCAUUGAACCUGGUGUCGAGGUUGAAGUCACCAUUGCAGAUUCUUAAAAUGUUCGCACCUUUUGAAUUUUGGCUCUACUUUUUGGCUUAAGAACACAUGUUUCAAGCCUUUAGGCUUCAAAAUGGCAAUUUUUGGAAAUUUAUUGUUGGAGACGGAGUUCAUUUUAGGUUACUUAUCUUCCUUGAACUGAGGAUUAGACAUUUUACUAUUAUACUUCAUCUUAAAUAUUGUAAGAAAUGAGAUGUGUUUUUUGAAAAAAGUUACCACUUCGAUGUUCA